AUGGCAUUAGCAAUAUCUCCACUGCUCAUUCUGGUUCUGAGUACUACUGUGUUAGCCAUGGCCAGUACUCAUCAUGAGUUCAAAGAAACCAAAAUGUCUAUGUACAUGCACGACUUCACCGCCGGUCCAAAUAUCACGGAUAUACCAGUUGCUGGUAUUGCCGGAAAGCUUUGGGUGUUCAAUCAGUUUGGCACAAUUUAUGUCAACGACGACUCCUUAACCGAAGGUCCGAGCCGGAAUUCUACAGCAGUUGGCCGAGCACAGGGUUUUGCUGUAACAGCAUCACUAGACGGACGUAACGCUCUAUCUCUUAUUUCAUUUGUGUUCACAAACAAGAAGUACAAUGGCAGCACUAUUGAGGUACAAGGUUGUUAUAAACAAUAUGAGCGGAGUACAGAGGUGCCUGUGGUUUCAGGUACUGGUAAAUUUCGGUUUGCAAGGGGAUAUGUUAUCUUUGAAACUUAUUUCUUCGACAUUCCAAGUGGCUACUCUAUUAUACGCUGCAAUAUUACUGUGCAACACUAUUAG